UAGGUGUACAGUCAGCUGCAGUUAAUGUUAUAUGUGAGCUUGCUCGUAAGAAUCCAAAAAAUUAUCUUUCACUAGCUCCAGUUUUUUUUAAAUUAAUGACGAGUUCUACAAAUAAUUGGAUGCUGAUUAAAAUAAUCAAAUUGUUUGGUGCUCUGACUCCUCUAGAAUCCAGACUGGGUAAAAAGUUGAUUGAACCACUCACUAAUUUAAUCCACAGUACUUCAGCAAUGUCUCUUCUGUAUGAAUGCAUUAAUACAGUCAUUGCCGUAUUAAUUUCAAUAUCAUCUGGAAUGCCAAACCACUCUGCAUCAAUUCAGCUCUGUGUACAGAAGUUACGUAUUCUAAUUGAGGAUUCAGAUCAAAACUGUAAGUAUGCAGUUUGCUUUUUAUAUGUGGUACCAAAGGUCGAUUUAUGGUGGUUGUAUAAGUUGUAG